UUCCUCUCUUCUUCUCUCUCUCUCUCUCUCUCUCUAAAAUCCUGUUCGCUAUUCACAGCUCCAAACCCCAACCGGCCCCAAACUUCGCUGUCGUUAAACCUCUCUCUCUCUCUCGCAUAUUUUGCCGUCCUUCAAAUCUCCCACGCACCGAACUUCUCAUAAACCCCCUCCCUCGAUCAUCUCGUUAUUACGAUCCUGCCCCCUCUCCUCUGCAAUUACUUUCAUCUUUCAGAAAUGCCUUCCCUUGGGCGCCUUAUGACCUUCUCAUGCUAUAUUCGAUUCUUCGGUAUCAAUCUCUAAUCGGGAGAAGCUGGAUGAGGCACUGGCUUCUCAUUUCUUCUAGAGUAUUCCGUUCUCUAUAGUUGCUGGAACUUGUCCGGGCAAUUGAAGUCACGAGAUUGCUGCAUCUAGUGCUGGAUGCUAUAAAAUAAUAUUCUGGAUAUUUCAGAGGUUCCUAUGGAGCUGAAAGUCUCAUCUCCAAAGCCAGCAAGUCUUUCCCCGUCUGAUUGUGUUGGUGAUCCUGAGGAGAAGGAAGUCAGUGAUGAUGAUGAUGAUGAUCGAAACCACAAGCAUCGUAGGCGGGAGACCCGCUCUCAAUCUUUGGAAAGAGAUGCUCUGGAACAUAUGAUAACAAGGCCAUAUAGAAAAUACAACAAACAUUUCGAAUAUGGGCAUCCUUUCAGGGAAAAUGAAUCUCCACAAAAUCAGAAAGAUCUAUCUUCAAAGUUUGAAAGAAGACGCCCAGGCUUAAUGGCACGCACAUCUUUGGAUUCAAAUCAUAGAUUUCGGGGAAACCAAAUGUUUUCUGGAGCUGGUCCUGGUAGGGGACGAGGCAGGGACUCUGGCUCUUGGAACCAACGUGAUUCGAGGUUCAGUUCGGUUGAUAUUGCUUCUCAAUUGGUUCACCAAGGGCCCAUUCCUCCAAGCCUGUAUAAUGGAAUGGGGUUGGCAAAUGUUUCAAAUGCACAGAGUGCAUCCUGGAAUGCAUUUGGAUUAAUUACAGGACUACCAACUGGUGGUCUGGAAACACUCCAUUCCAUUGGUUUGCAAGGAACUCUCAGACCACCCAUCAAUUCUUCAAUGAAUAUUGGCAUUCCUCACCAACGCUGCAGAGACUUUGAGGAGCGUGGAUUUUGUCUGAGAGGGGACAUGUGCCCCAUGGAGCAUGGUGUUAAUAGGAUUGUCAUUGAAGAUGUUCAGGGUCUUUCACAGUUUAACCUUCCCGUUUCACUUCCAAGUGUGCACCUACUGGGAACACCUGCUGGAACUGGACCUUUACCAUCAGUAAGUGCUUCUUCAACCACUUUGAUGAACAGCAAAGGAUUCCAUAGCAAAAGUAGCAGGCCUGGAUUGGUCGAGGAUGGUUUGGGGUUUAAUGGUGCAUUUUCUGGUUCUGGUUGUGCGGGUGGAGCUGAUUUGUAUGAUCCUGAUCAACCCCUGUGGAAUAACAAUUGCACCGAAACAUCAAAUGGGCUGCAUACUCUACAAUCACCAAAGAAUAAUGAAACUGACUCUGUGUUGAAUGAUGAUCCCUCUGAUAGGCGCAAUGGCAGGUCGUGUGACAGUGCUGAUAAUGAGUGUCUUCAUAAAAGCCCUGGAACUGCUGUUGCCUCACAGGGUACCAGUUUGUCUGUUUGGGGUAGAAUCGGUAGUUCAAAGAACAGAUUAGAUGUAAAGGCAAAAAUUGACUCUAUGGUGAGUUCCUCUGAUUAUUUUGAGAAUGAAGCUAAUGAAGAUAAAGGGGCCUUGGCCAGUGUUCAAAACACUUCCCACCAAGGAAAACAGAUCAUUGCGGAGGUUAUGGGCUCAAAAGCUAUGGCAUUAUCUCCAAAGACACCGAGUGAUAGUACACGUAACAUGCGGAAGCCUUCUCAAAAGGCACUGCGUACUCUAUUUGUCAAUGGCAUUCCCCAGAAAAACAAUAAAAGGGAAGCUCUUCUUUCUCAUUUUCAAAAAUUUGGAGAAAUUGUUGAUAUUUAUAUUCCAGCAAAUAGUGAAAGAGCUUUUGUCCAAUUCUCAAGUAGAGAAGCGGCAGAAGCUGCUCUUCAGGCACCUGAUGCUGUAAUGGGUAACCGCUUUAUCAAGCUGUGGUGGGCUAAUCGUGAUAGCAUUCCUGAUUAUGGCUUAAGCAGCGGCAGUAGUGUAUCUGUAACUCCACGUGGUACAACAGCUGCUUCAGUUCCAUCUUAUCCUUCCCUUGCUAGCAAAGGGAAAGAUAUUAAUCAAUCUGGUGUUUCAAAGAGUAGUGUUCUCCAUAGUUCUGAUGCCUCUAUACCUGUCUCUGAUCAUCCUAAGCCUGUCGUCUCAGAUGGUCCUAAGGUUCCACCUUUGCAAAAGAAGCUAGUGAGUUUAGAGCAGUUAAAAGAGGAGCUCCGCAAGAAACAAGAAUUGCUGGACCAGAAGCGGAAUGACUUUCGACGCCAGUUACAAAAACUUGAGAAACAAACUACAGGACUUAAGGGCGAGGUAGAUUCCGAACAAGCUGCCAAGAGACCUAAAGUGGAAAUAGUGGCUGAUAUUGCUAAAACUGCUACUCCAAGGUCCACAGCUGAUCCUGGUUCUGUGUUGGCAUCUCCACGUGCUGAGAUUGUGGGGGAUUGGAACAAGCCAGUUGAUAACGUUGUGUCCAAUAGUCCCAAAACAAGUUCAAUCCCGGUGCUGCAGGAACCCAUGAGUUUAAAGCAGCCAGUUCGUCCAGUUGGACCAGUAGGGACUCCUUUUCUAACAAACAGAUAUAAAUUGGACAACCGUCCUACUGCAUUUAGAAUUCUUCCACCUUUGCCAGCCGGGCUUGCGAGUGAUGCUGUUUUGAAGGAACACUUUUCAUCAUAUGGCGAUAUUUCUAAUUUGGAGCUAGAAGAUCAGCAAGCUGGUGAGUCUGAGGCAUCAAAAAAUUGCUCGGGUCGUAUAACUUUCACCACACGCCGAUCAGCGGAGAGAGCAUUUGGUGAAGGUAAAUGCUGGCAAGGCCACACUUUAGAAUUCAUGUGGCUGACGUCUAGUAAUUCUGCUGGGGGCAGAGAAAAUUCUCCCUCCAUUCAUAAGGGGCAUUCAGAUGGUCAAACUCCGGAAAAAAUAGAAGGUAUCACUCCUGAGGAAGUUUCUGCAUCAGAAAAUGGAGAGCCUGAAAAUUCGGGUAGAGAAAGCGGUGUUGAGCGAGGGGAAUUGGGUGACGAUGAUUCCCAGCCUAGUGCAAGCACAAAGUCCAGUGAGAAAGCGUCACCUGACGGCGAUGUCCGUUGAGGAUGGAUUAAUCGGAUUUGUACAGUGAGGUAAGAUGUUGUUCCAACAUUAAUCUGUAAUUUUCAGGAAUGUUGCUGAAACUUGAUUUUUCCAAUGUUUUCUAUUUCAUGCAUGGGAUAUGUAGAAAAGGAAAUUCUUGAUUUUUGACUCCCACCUGAAAUAUUUGUUGGGAUAGUUGAAAGGCGAAACUUGUAGUCUUUCAGCUUUUAGAGAUAUGUCUAGUAGUAGUAACAAAGGAUUAAUGUUUAAAAUUCUACUGAAAAUUAAUCAAACGUUUACAUAACA